AUGAAGGGCCUGAAGUGGAACUUGGAGAUUUAUCCCUCAAUUAGAAGGAAGAUUGAGGACAUGAAGAAAAUACAGAGGUUUUGGAGAGUAACUCCAAGUGGUUUUCAUCAAUAUGAGAGUAAGUGGUUGAAUGAGGUUUAUGCAAUUGACUUACAUAAAAGAACCUGUGGAUGCAGAUCAUGGCACCUGACUGGUAUACCAUGUGUCCAUGUUAUUUAUGCAAUCUUGUGCUUGAAUGGGAAUAUAGAGGAGUAUGUAGCAAUUUGGUACACAACACAAAUGUUUGGAAGCUGCUACAGGUAUAAUGUUAAGCUAAUAAAUGGAUAUGAAAUGUGGCCAUUAAAUGAUAUGAAUACCAUUUUACCACCAAAGUGUAGAAGAAUGCCUGGCAGACCAAAGAUGAACAGGAUUAAAUGCAUUUCAGAAAGAAGUGACAGACACACUGUUAGCAAAGUUUGGACCACUUCUAAAUGCAGUUUAUGUUUCCAACUAGGUCAUAACAAGAGGAAAUGUUCUCUCAAUCAGGUUAAUGCAGUAGAUGAUUCAGAUAUCUUUGAUUACCAUGAGCUAUUUAAGGGUAAGGGACUGGGUCAAGGACAGGGACAGGGACAAGGCCAUGGGGCUGCUGAGGAUGUUGGAUUUGAUUUAGAGGAUGAGGUUGGAGGUGAUUCAGAGGAAGAAGUUGGAGGUGAUUCAGAGGUGGAUGAUGAACAAGUGGUGAAUCCUGGAAAUUAGCAUGUGGUUGCUCCAACUUUGAAAAGGAUAAAGUGUGGUCCUUAUCAUAGGAACACAAAACUUAGGUUGAGGAGGAAAGUGGUGACCAAGGAUGAUACAGGGGGAAGUCUUGAAAAUCCUCUCACACUCUAGGAGCAGUGUUAGGGAUAACUUUUGUGAAGGGCAUCUUUUGGUACCUUUUGUGAAGGACGGCUAUUGUUAGGGAAUCUUUUGUUGGGCACAUCUUUUGAUAACUAUUUUUUAUUUAAGCCAA